UGCUGUCAAUAAGAUUGUCAAUUUUGUAAUGUGUCUUGUCACAAAACUUUUAGAAUGCGUACUUUCUUUAUAUUAUCAUUGAUUUUCUAUUUAUUAGAGGUAUUGUCUGCUAAACCAUUGUCUUUAGUUGCAGGACAAACCAGGGAGACAGGAGAAGCAGAGUACGAGGGAAAUGAAGAAACCGCGGCCGAGGAUUACCAACAAGAUUCUGACCAAGAUUCUUCAGUCGAUACUCAAGAAGGAGCCAACAACAAUGGACGACGAGAAGCCGUCCAAGAUAAUUCACAUUUGCCAGAUCUAAAUAACCCAUACAAGCAACACACCAACAAUUUGCAACGGGGACAUUUAAACAAUUUUGACAAUUUUCCAGAAAUAUCCGGAAUAAGCAGGGAUGCUCGAAAUGACAAAACUUCGAGUACAAAUGUAGAUUCUAACGGCAAGCCUAAUGGGAGAUAUCGGCAGCCGGAUACGUACGCUGAGAACAAUGAACAAGAAGCCAGACAACAUUUUAAUGAAAACGCCUUUAAAAUGAAUCACGCACAAAAUUUAGGUUUUGAUAACAAUAUUAAUAAAAGAGCCAUGCUUCCUCCAGGUGCUAGUGAUGAAGGUGAUCUGCUGUUCGAAAAUAACAGGGACCAAUUAAAUAAACUAGACAAAAGCGGGUACGCAAGAGAAGGUGAGUCAGGAUUGCAGCCACGUUUCUUCAAACACCAAACCUACAAUAUACCUGGAGAGAGUAAGGAAACGCCGGAUUUUAAAAGAUAUGAUAAGUGGCGCUUAAAUCGCAACAGACGUCAAACACCAAAGAAUAAUUUGAAAACAAAUGAUGAAGUAAAUGAAUCGACCCCCGCUGUGGAUAGUAAAGAAUUAGACUUGGUCAAUGAAGACGAGGAGUCUGCUAUAAAACGACAUGUCAAAAAAUUGUCGGGACCGGAACUAGAAGAGCUUUUCAAUACGCUUUCUGAUGACAAAAGAAAUCUACUUAAAAAGAUUAUAGACAAUGAUUCUGAUAAUGAUGACACGGUAAGUAAACGUGAAAUAACAAAAAAAGCUGGAGCAGUUGAACAAAACAGUUACAUAGAGAACGGACAGUUGGAUUCCAGCAAAAUUCAAGGGGUAAGUUCAAAUGUUGAAGAGAGUAACACAGAAACGUCCUUAUCCCAUGAGACAACCGAGACAAGUAAAAAAUCUGUAAGUGCCACCGAAUUGGGGGAAAUAAUGCCUUCUAAGAGUUCUGGUGGAUGUGAUAAAUCUGAAAAUAAACUAGACCUAGCAAAUCCAAACGAAGAUCUUAAAGAAGUUAAAUCUGAGGGUAAUUUAGAUUUAGAGUCAAAAAAAAGUGAUACCGAUGUCGACCUAGAAUCUAAUUCCCAAAUAAUGUCAAAAAAUGAAAAUAAGCGCGAAGCCAACAUAAACGAAAUGACAAAUAUGGAAAAAUCAGAUGAUACACAAAUUGUAGACAGGGAUUAUAGUCUUAAAGAUUUUCAGGGUUCUAUGAAUAAUCAAGAUAUGUUCUUGCAAGAUGAUGAAUUAACAGAUUUGAUUAACGACGAGACUGAACGACAAACUUCACACAAAAAUGGUUUAAAACGAGAAGCACCUCAAGAUGAAUCUGUUGACUUAGCAGAAUCUAUUAAAUCCCUAGAAGAGUCAUUCCCAAAUCCCAAAUCGUAUGAUGAAUCAAAUCCUUUCUAUGGAUCAGAUAUGGCCCCUUUAGUGAGAGUCAAAAGAAAAGAUGCAGAUUCCGCAAUAAUGAAAAGAUCAGCAAGUGUAAUAGCAGAUUCCAACGUGCCAUAUUUUCCCAACAAAGGCGAGAAUGAUGAUGAGGACAAUGACGAAGGAAGUGAAUUCGACGAAGAUGGAUUUUAUGACAGAACAUCUAAUUUUGCAAGGAAUAAUGAUAAUAAACCUUUUGACAUUCCCUGUGCAAAAGAAGACGACAGAGUAUUUAAUCAAAAAUCUGGCCAUACUUAUGGUGGUGACAACUUGGAGAGCGACACUGCAAAUCUCGGCUCUGACACGGACAACGCGAUGACGGGCGCGGAGGGCAUCAACGACAACCUGAUGUACAGCGCGUUACGAGACAGGCGCACUUCGGAGGAGAAUGAUAACAACAAAAUAUUGGAUGACAAAGUUAAAGAUAUCUCACCGGAACGUCGCUUGCGGUCAACGCCGUUGAUGGAUAAUCAAGCUAAAACAGUCUCUGAGACUAACAUAAAUGUACCAGUUCCGGGUUAUCAAGAAAAUGAUGCUUUCGGACCUCUGCCGCGGAGCUACGAAGGAGAUUUGGGUAGGUAUAAAAGAAUUCGGCGCGUGAAGCAAAUGCCGAUGUUUCAAGAUAAUCUUACCCAAACUGAAUAACUCUUAGUGCUUACGUAAUAAUAUACGGUCUACUUAUGAUAAUUUUUAAGAAUUUCGGAAUUGUUUCUUAAAUAAUGAAUAACAGCUUUAGUUUA